UUUUCAUUCACACUCAAAUCAGGAACUAUGGCAACAAAGUGUGUACAAAUCCUACCUUCAGUGUGAGACAAUAUACCUUGUCUUCAUUCUGAUACCGUUGUGUGACUGUGUUUCAGUGGUACUGGGUCAGGAUGGCUGGAGUGUGUUUUACACCACUCAAAGUAUCUGUGCCUUGAAGGGGUCAACAGUGGAGCUGACCUGCUCUUACACACAUCCCAGAGGUCAUAAAGUCACAUCAACCUUCUGGUUCACUAAAAUGGAGACUGGUGUAGAACCUAAAGAUAUAGGUCAGAACCCAGAGUAUACAGGUCGUCUGGAGUAUCAUGGGGAUAAGGAGAAAGACUGUACCCUGAGAAUCACAGACCUGAGAGAGAGAGACUCAGCUACGUACAAGUUUAGAUUUACAACUGAUCAGACCAGAGGGAGAUAUUAUGGAGAUCCUGGAGUCACUCUGUCUGUAACAGCUCUGCAGGUGAAGGUGACUCCUUCACAUCGGUCACAGUGGAAGACACUGACCUGUAGAACCACCAGCUGUCCUCUGACUGGUAACCCCACCUACAUCUGGUACAAGAACGGACAGAUAGUAACUGAGAAGACUUCCACCUAUUCAGUCCUCCCUAAUGAUAAGGACAGCUACUCUUGUGCUGUAAAAGGCCAUGAGGAUCUCCACUCUCCUGCAGUGUGUGUUCAGGAUCAGCGCUGCAGCAGAGUGACUUACACCAAGAGGAGAAUGUGUGUCAUAAAGGGGUCAACAGUGGACAUAUCCUGUACUUAUGUUAGCUAUUAUUACACCACAUCAUCAUUCUGGUUUAGAAGUGAUAAGUCGACCCCUGAAGACCUAACCACAGACCCAGGGUAUACAGGUCGUGUGGAGUAUGCUGGAGAGAUGGAGAGAGGUCGCUCCACCCUGAGAAUCACAAAUCUGAGAGAAAAGGACUCAGCUGAGUACAAGUUCAUAUUUAACACACAGACCUCAAGAUGGGGAUACAGCUUCCCUGGAACAACUCUGACUGUCACAGACCUGCAGGUGAAGGUGACUCCUGCCACAGAGGCAGGGAAGAGGACACUGACCUGUAGCACCACCUGUACUCUGACUGACAACCCCACCUACAUCUGGUACAAGAACGGUACCAUAGUAAAGGAGGGCACUUCCAGCCUGUACUCAGACUACUUUAGUGAUGCAGACAGUUACUCCUGUACUGUAAAAGGCCAUGAGGAUCUCCACUCUCCUGCAGUGUGUCAGAACUGUUGGAGUGUGACUUACAACCAUCAGAAGAUCUGUGCUUUAAAGGGGUCAACAGUGGAGCUGACCUGCUCUUACACAUAUCCCAGAGGUUAUACAGUCACAACAACCUUCUGGUUCACUGAAUGGGGGACUGGUGUAGAACCUGAAGAUCUGGUUCAGGACCCAGAGUAUGCAGGUCGUCUGGAGUAUCAUCGGGUUAAGAAUAAAGACUGUACCCUGAGAAUCACAGACCUGAGAGAGAGAGACUCAGCUACGUACUGGUUCAGAAUAUUAACAUAUCAGACUGGAGGGAAAUAUUAUGGAAGUCCUGGAGUCACUCUGUCUGUCACAGGUCUUCAGGUGAAGGUGACUGGUGAACAUCAGGAUAAGACACUGACCUGUAUCACCUCCUGCACUCUGACUGACAACCCCACCUACAUCUGGUACAAGAACGGACACAAAGUAAAGGAGGACACUUCCAGCCUGUACCCAGACUCCUUUAGUGAUGCAGACAGUUACUCCUGUGUUGUAAAAGGCCAUGAGGAUCUCCACUCUCCUGCAGUGUGUAAGAACUGUUGGAGUGUGACUUACACCCAUCAGAAAAUCUGUGCCUUGAAGGGGUCAACAGUGAACAUAUCCUGCUCUUACACAUAUCCCAGUUAUCAUGAGAUCAAAAAAGCUUUCUGGUUUACUAAAUGGUCUGGUAUGGAUGCUGAAGAUCUGAGCUCAGUGCCAGGGUAUGAGGGUCAUAGAGUACCUUGGGGAUAUGGAGAAUAACUGUACCCUGAGAAUCACAGACCUGAGAUUGAGUGACUCUGCUGGGUAC